AUGGUUCGCUUUACCGGCGGCCUGCUGCUGUUCUCAGCCUUUGCAUUAGCAGCGCCUCCAAAUCCCCUUGCGCAUGGUCAGGGAGCUCAGCAGGUUCUUAUAAAUCCGGCGACGAAAUCGCAGUCGGGUCCUAGAAAGCUGCAGGGCAAAUUCCUCCACAUCACAGACGUCCACCCCGACCCAUUCUACAAGUCUGGCUCGAAUCCAGAUGAGGCUUGCCAUGCCGGCAAAGGCCAAGCGGACUAUUACGGUGCCGAAGUGACAGACUGCGACACGCCCUUUACCUUGGUCAACGCGACCUUCAAGUGGAUUGAGAACAAUAUUAAGGAUCAGAUUGAUUUCGUGAUAUGGACUGGCGAUUCUGCCCGGCAUGACAAUGAUGAGCGACACCCGCGUUCAGACAAGCAGGUCAUUAAACUCAAUAAAUAUGUGGUGGAAAAAUUUGUCGAGGUCUUUGGGAAGCCUGACAAUAUAAACGAUCCCGACCCGACGAACGACUUUGUUGUCCCUAUAGUUCCAACAUUCGGAAACAACGACAUCCUCCCUCAUAACAUCUUCCUGCCUGGCCCGAACAAGUGGACACGCGAGUACAGCAGUAUAUGGAACAAGUUUGUGCCAGGAGAGCAGCGACACUCCUUUGCAAGAGGAGGAUGGUUCUUCACAGAAGUCAUACCAAAUAAGUUGGCAGUCAUCAGCAUGAACACACUGUAUUUUUUCGACUCGAACUCGGCUGUCGAUGGAUGCGACCUGAAGUCGGAACCGGGCUAUGAGCAUAUGGAGUGGCUGCGGAUCCAGCUUCAAUUUAUGCGCGAGCGAGGCAUGAAAGCCAUCCUUAUUGGCCAUGUGCCACCCGCCAGAACAGAAAGCAAACAAAACUGGGACGAGAGUUGCUAUCAAAAGUACACCUUGUGGCUGCGUCAAUACCGGGAUGUGAUCGUCACGUCCAUUUUUGGCCACAUGAAUGUUGACCACUUUAUGUUCCAAGACGUGAGAGACUUGACAUAUAAGUUCAAGAUCAAAGGUGUCAGCGAUGAAUUUAGCCCAGCCGAGUCAUUCGAACCUGAUUCGUCGAAUGCGACAUUCAGCAUCGCUGCGAAGGCAACCUACCUAAACGAGCUGAGGACAGGGUGGGCGAAUUUGCCAAAGCCCCCUUCAGGUCAUUCAUACAUCGAAGACUCGGAUGAUAUAUUGGACAUCGAAAAAAAGAAGAAGAAGAAGAAGAAGCCGACCGAUGAGGAGAAACUGGCCGACUUUCUCAAGGAGAUUGGCGGACCUUGGGCAGAAAGGUUCAGUCUGAGUUUGGUGUCGCCGAGUGUAGUUCCCAAUUUUUUUCCUACGCUUCGAGUUGUCGAGUACAACAUUACCGGUCUAGAGAACCACCAUCCGGCUCCCGGGGCAGUAGGGACGCUUGCGGAGGUGGCCGAGACAGCCACUAUUGACGAAAUUGAAGACUUUAUUUUCGAGGAUGAUGAUGCCGACGAGGAGGCCGGGUCGCCUGCAGACGACAUGCACGACCUGAAGAAGAAAAAGAAAGAGAAGGGCAAAAAGAAGAAGCACAAGAAGCCGAAAUUUCCAGUACCGAAGCCACCAUCCAAAUCAUCACCUCCUGGUCCGGGUUAUUCGCCCCAACCGCUUUCUCUUAUUUCCUGGACGCAGUACUAUUCCAACCUGACGAGAGUGCAUGAGAACAUGCACAGUGACGGCAACAAGAAGGAUCCCGAGCACUACUUCGAUUACCACGUCGAAUACAGCACAAGAAAUGAUAGUGUAUAUCAGAUGAAUGAUCUGACGAUGCGGUCAUGGCUGGACCUUGCCGAGAGGAUAGGCAGAGAGAAGCUACCUAGCCCGAGAUCUGAUCGAGUUGAAGAUGAUCUUGUUGCCCAGCCCGACUUGGAAAUCGCGAAGAAAGGCAAGAGUAAAAAGGACUCGAAGACGGCGAAGAAUCAUCUCUGGAAAACUUUCAUCAAGAGGGCUUUUGUGCAUACGAAGCCAGAUGAUGAGAUUGACCAGGACUUUGGUUAA